CUUCCGGUGCUUUCAGCAGCUCGUAGUGGAGGGAAGCAGUUAGCCUGUUAGCUCAGUUAGCUCAGUUAGCUCAGUUAGCCUGUUAGACUGUUAGCUCCGAUAGUUUUCUGUAGUCCUUCGCGCCCUCGGCUGUUCCCGUCAUGGCGUACCAGCUGUACCGGAACACCACCCUGGGAAACAGCCUGCAGGAGAGUCUGGACGAGCUCAUCCAGACCCAGCAGAUCACCCCUCAGCUGGCUCUUCAGGUCCUCCUUCAGUUCGACAAAGCCAUCAACACGGCGCUCGCCAGCAGAGUCCGCAACCGGGUCAACUUCAGGGGCUCUCUGAACACCUACAGGUUCUGCGACAACGUGUGGACGUUUGUUCUGAACGACGUGGAGUUCAGAGAGGUCACCGACCUGGUGAAGGUCGACAAGGUCAAGAUCGUUGCCUGUGACGGAAAGAGUGAGUCGACCCAGAACAAGAGUGAUAAAUGAACUGGGGCUCGAGUGCUGCAGAGUGACGACUCUUCAUGUGUCGGCUGGAGCCACAGACGGACCUGGACUGUACAUAUAAUUUAUUACAGCAGAGUCAGAGCUGAGUGUGUGUGAAUGUGUGUGAGUGUGUGUGUCUGAGUGUGUGAGUGUGUUUGUGCGGUGUGUGUGUGUCAGAGUGGACCAGUCACUGUUUGUUUUUAUUUUCAGUUUACAGGAGUUUGUUCAGUUGCUGUUAUAAUUGAGCUCAAUCAUCUUUAAUAAAAACUUUAUUUAAAACA